UCUCGCGGGUAUCAUCACCAUGCUGUUUUGCUGUUUUCAAAAUUCCGGUGCGUAUCAGUUUUAAUCGCACACAGAGAUCCCGAGUUCCAAUUUUCCGAAUCCCGAGCCAAGAUGGCAAAGCACAAGAAGGAUGGACGGUCGUCGACAAAUGGAGCCUCAAAUGCAGUAGCGAAACAAUCCAAAGGUUCGGCAACGAGCCAAAUUUGGAGUGACGAUCGUUUCGCUCAUUUGGUGAACGAUCCACGCUUCAAAGGAAUCCCGAGGGCAGAAAAGAAGGUGAAAAUCGACAAGCGGUUCCGAUCGAUGUUCAGCGAUGAACGGUUCAAUGUGAAACAAACGGUUGAUAAGUACGGGCGGAAGAUCAAGCAGGGGGACAGUGAAGAACUGCGGAAGUAUUACGAUGUGGAAUCCUCGGCGGAGGAAGAUGAAGAUGCUGAACUGGAGAAGGCAAAGGAGAGCGAUGAGGAGCCCGACACGGAACAGCAGCCAAGUGGCAGCGAGAGUGAUUUGGAUGGGCCAGAGUUGAACGAUGAGGAGAAGGCUAUGUCCAUGUCUGGAGAUGUGAAAUCCAGAUUGAAGGAUCUCGAGGUGGAUUAUGCUAGAGGUGAAGGAACUAUCAUGUCGGACAGUUCCUCGGACGAUGAUUCCGAUGACGGUGAGCAAAGCGGUGACGAAGUGUUUAUCGAACAUGUCUGGGGAGAGCUUGAUGGUGACGCGGAGCGCACAGACGAAACCACCCGACGCUUGGCGCUUUGCAAUGUAGAUUGGGACAGAAUCAGAGCGGUGGAUAUAAUGGCCAUGCUGAGCUCGUUUCUUCCACGAGGUGCAACUAUUUUGAGUGUCACGAUUUAUCCUUCGGAAUUCGGGAAACAACGUAUGAAAGAGGAAGAGCAAUCUGGGCCACAGGAAUUGACUGGUCAGAAUCCAGUUGACUCGGACGAUUCGGACGAUGAUGAGAUGGACGAGGACGAGAAGAAACAGAGACAAGUCGAGCGGCUUCGAGAGUAUCAACUGAAUCGAUUGAAAUACUAUUACGCAGUGAUUGUGUGCGAUAGUAUCGAGACGGCGGAUAAACUGUACAAAGAGUGCGAUGGAGUUGAGUACGAAAGUACUGCGAAUAAAAUCGAUUUACGAUUUGUUCCCGAUGACAUGGACUUCGAUGACGAACCGAAGGAGAAGUGCACUGAGCUGCCAGAAGGGGGAAAAUAUGAACCAAGAAUAUUCACCACAACAGCGUUGAAUCAGGCCAGUGUGGAGCUGACUUGGGACGAGAAUGACGUCGAGAGAAAAGAGUUCAACGAAAAAAUUCGUGCCGGAAAACUGACUGAGGUAUCCGACGCUGAUUUGAAGAAAUACGUUGCGUGCAGUAGCAGUGAGGAGGAAGAGGACGAAACAGAUCAGAAUGAGGAUGCGCCAGAGGUAGCGGAAUCGGAAGAUGAAUCGAAAGCAAAAACCAAAAGCAAAAAAACUAGAAAGCAAGAUAUGAUCGCAAAAUAUAAAGCUUUGCUGGGUGAUAUCAAGGAACAAGACGAGAAAGAACGGAACGAAAAAGUCGAGAUGGAGUUCACCUGGAAGGUGAAUGAGGAUGGCUCGCAAGCUAAACAAUCCGAUCAGGACUCGGAAUCGGAAGCCGAGAAGAAGAAACGAGACAAUGUGAAUCCGUUCGAGAAAAUUCUUGAAAAAGCGAAAGAAAAGAAGAAGCGACGGAAAGAGCUGAAGAAGAAGAAAAAACGCGGAGUGUUGAACAGUGAUGGUGACCCAAAUGAGGACAGUUCGGAUGACGAUCUGCCCUAUGGGGUGGAUUUGAAUGAUCCAUUCUUUGCCAGCGCCUUCGACGAAAAGGAAUUUGAUUUGAAGAAACCGAACAAGAAAGAUAAGAAGAAAAAGAAAGACAAAGAUGCGGACAACGAAGAAGAUGAAGAGGAAGCAGCCCGAAAACGAGCUGAGCUCGAGUUGAUGCUCGACGAUGGCGAAGAUGAUAAGAGUCAUUUCAAUUUGAAGAAAAUUCAGGAGGAUGAAAUUGAUUUGAAGGCAGUGUCCAAAUCCAAGCGCAAGCGAAUUCUGAAGAAGAGCAAAAAGCAAAUCGAAGAACAGCGACACAAGAAAACUGCCACGGAUGAUUUUCAAAUCGAUCUGGAGGAUGAUCGGUUUAAAGCAAUUUACGAGAGGGCAGAUUACAAUUUAGAUCCUACCAGUUCGUCAUUUAAGAAGACGAAAGCAAUGGAGCAGCUGAUAGAGGCGAAAUUGAAGAAGAGACCACUGCACGAAAGCGAUAUUCCGGGAGAAGAUGGUGUGGCGCAGGCUAAGAAAACAAAGAAAGAUGUUACUACCAGUUUACUGGUAAAAAGCAUUAAACGGAAGAUUGGGAAAUAAAUGGGAGUUAUGUGAUCAUACUGUU